ACCGAUAAAAUGUAUGUGUUAUAGCUUUAUCUUGAGUAAUUUUUAACAAAAUAAAUUUGUGGUUUUCUUGCUGAGCCUCUUUACGUUUUCUAGCAAAACGAGACUGAUUUCUUUUAAGUGUUAAGAGUGUUUGAGAUGACGUUUUUUUGUGUGGAAUGAUUCGAAUGCAACCCGUGAUGUUGUUGUGGAGCGUAAUUUGAAACUCGGAGUUCUAGAUAAAUUUAAUGUAGUAGACAUUAGCGUCACAUUAUUUUUUAACCAUAAGUUUAUUCCCGUUGGUAUAUAUAUAUAUAUAUAUAUAUUUUUUUUUUGUCUGUGUGAGAGACGCCAGUCUUUUUGGGGGGGUAUUUGUGAGAUGGCCACUGAACAGGAUGCAGUCGUGGACAAGGAGACAGACCAAAUGGAACAACCAUCCCCCUCAAAAAAGGAUUCUGCAACUGUAUUAAGGAAUCCUCUUGAUUUUCUGAAACUCACACCUUCUCAGUUUGGUAUUACUGUCCAAAGCUUCAGCCCGGUACCAUUAGGACACAAAGAAAAGUCUCGUUUGGCACAACUAAAGGCAAGAAGAAGGUCUAGUAUCGGUGUGAGGGGCUCACCAGAAACAAACUCACUCAUCCGCUUCAUUGCACAACAAAAAAUGAAGAAUUCAUCAAACUGUCAAACUCCCGAGCUUGUCAGAGGUAGCCCCUUCCUUCCUCGGGUAUCAUCCACCCUGAAGCAGAAAAUGGCUUCCUUCCACAGCCUGAUGGGUGUGGAAGAGGGUGAGGUCUCUGAUCUAAUGCCAAGGAAGGGCAACAACACUGGAGGAGGCAUCAAGACAAGAGAUUAUCUGUCUGAUGAAUACAACCAGGAAGAAUGGAAAGAGAACCACCCUCCAGUGUUGUCACCUGCACCGAGCAAGAAGCGUCGUGUGGCUCCCCUCAAAGGCUGUGAAGGGAAGAUUAGAGAAACACACACACACACUCCAGACCUUCGUUUAAAUGGGAGUGAGGAGGGAGAUAUGGAACAAGUGGCAGAGUGCAAUGACACAGUCAACAAAGGGCUACCGCGAUCAAGUGAGACUGAAGAAGAAACCCAACCUGUGCUUCUUUCUACACCCCUCCGUGGUUGCCGUAAACCACCCAUGUCUGUGAAACAUCAUGUCUUUUCAUUCACAAGCAACCAACAGGACAAUGUGUUUGAACCUCAAAGGCACAGCCAAGCACAGCCCAGUGAGCUAAGCUCAGCUUCACCAGAGAAGUCUUUAUCUGCGUUCCAGUUCUCAUUGCUCUCCUCUCAGCUGGAGAUAAAGCCAGCAGAAGAAAACGCCUCCUCUGGGGCAUCUGCAGCGAAGAAGAAAAUGAAGCGGGUGCAUUUUGGUGGUCCUCUUUCUCCUGAGUUCUUUGAUAAGCACCUGCCUCCCAGCACCCCGUUGCAGAAGGGGGGAACACCAGCUCGAUUCCCCACACCAGUUGGGUUCUUAAAGCUGCAUUCUGCGUUGAAAACACCACAGAAGAAUGAAACUUGCGCCCCACAAGCCCAGCCAGUCUUCAGCAGUGUGUUUUGCGCCUCCCCGGUGCUUGCAGGGUUUCACAAACACAGAAUGCUGCCAAUGGCAGAAGAUGGAGUGGAAGAGUUUGAAAAGAUCAUUUUUCCGUCAAUAGAAGAAAGUGAUUCUACAGCCAUGACUGAUACAGAAUUGCUGAAUUAUGCCCAUUUGAAUUUAAAUAGCGCUUUCCAUGACGAGCCUCUUUCUCCAGUCGAAACAACAGAAGUGAAGUCUGAGACAAGUCCAGCCUACCAGUUGAAUGUCCUGAAUGAGCUGCAAUCUUUGUCAGAGGAGAAACAACCUGAAUCCGUCAGUAAUGCUGCAGCUAGAUUGAUGAACCGGGAAAAAAAGGCAGUGGCCAAAUCUGAAUCUGCUAAUGGAUUUCCAGUUGUUCGUAGUCGGAAGAGAAAGCUACCUGAGGAGAGGAAACCUGUGAGGAAGUCAGCACGCUCUGCUGCCAAGCCUUCUGAGACGAUUAAAUUGACCUCUACAGCAUCAAAUCGAUGGAAAAAGGAGGUGAACUACUCUCUUUACGGAUCUCGGGAAAAUGCAUCCAAGAAUCCUAGCCUUAGUCCUAUCACAGAGUUCUUCACGCAUCAUGCUGCAGCAGCAAAGCACACUCCCCCUACCAGCAGGAAAGGUAAAAUAUAUGAAAGUUCAUACCUGAAGAGUGAAUCAGCUAGAAGUGGCCCUAGGACGGCAGUUUCUUAUGGUGACAGUCGAUCAAGAGCUCCAGUGUCCACUAGCAAAAGAGCCACGGAGAAGAACAGGAGCUCACCAAGAUCCAGGAUCACGAGGGGAUUAAAGAAGGUCAAUGUUUCAGUUGAUGACCUACUAUGUGUGGAGCCUCAAAUGCAGACCGCAGAGAACACAAGUGAGAACGAUGAAGAAGAGGUCACUACAAUGACUGCUGUGUCAAUGGAAGCCCCAUCAGAACACAUAGUACCAGAACAAGUGUCAGCUGAUGCUGAAGAACAUUGCACCCAAACAGAUGCUGUCUCACCCAGCACACACACAGAUGCAAAUUCAGAAUGUCAUCUGAUUGUUGAUGGCUCCACCCCAGCCUGCCUGUUAGAAGAAACCACCAUAGUGACGGCAACAGCAGCAGCCACCAGGACAACAACUCCGCAGGCCCUAAACGUGUCAAGAAGCAGGAGGCGCUCUGUGAACCUGGCAGACGAAAAACCUAAACAGGAAGUUGAAACACAGCAGAAAAAACCCAGUGCCUCAAAGUCUGAAAGUCCCAAAGAAGAGGCACAAGUCAACAGUGGGAUGGCUUCCUGGCAGACUUACUUGAAUAUUGAGGAUGUCUUCAAACGUGUUCCCAGCAAGGGGCAGCGCUCAGUGCGCCGCAGCCUAAGGAACCAAAGCAACACAGAUAAUCAAACAGGUCUGGCCUGGGUACUUCGGCUCUCCCCCGAAACCAAACAGUGAAGACCUGGAGUCACAGAUUCUGUUCUACGCUGUCUGAGGACACGUCGCACAUCACUUUGUGAUACUUGUAUAGUUUUUGCCUUCCACUAGAACAUUCUUUGUGGGGUUUUUUUCAAUUGUCUUUGUUAAACUUGUUUUAUGGGAUGAAAGUGCUGAUGGUUUUGUCCUUAACCAAUUAUUUGCAGCGUCUCUCUAUGCAAGCCACUCAAUACACAGAAGCCCAAUCAUUUAUGCUGACCUCCUCCCAAUCAAUAUCCAACCACACAUUCCCUCCGCACACUCCAAAGUCACGAGAUCGAGCCUCAAUGAGUCGAUUUUUUUCUUUUAGUGGAUAGAUGAAGACGGCCUGAGUGCAGUACCAAUCUAUCAGACAAGGUUAGAGGCUACUGGAUUAAUGUAAUAGCUAUGGAGAGAAGGGCUAAAUUGUACUGCAGAAAACAAAUUAGCGCUUGAGUCAUUGGGUCAACUUAGAUUCCUGGUGGAACCUAAGAAGAAAUGAGGAAUAAAAAUUUUAUCUUACCAAACCAACUGUUCCUUUUGCUUUGCAAUGUGUAAUAUGCACCCGGACAGACAUUCAACCAACAACAAUCCACUUCCAUAAAAAUAUGUCUCAGGCCUAUACGCAACUUUGAAGGCCACUGAAUCAUGUAAUUCGAACAGGUAGCCAUCAAACCUGACCUACAGUACAGUAAACUAUCAAAUACUUAACUUCAUAAUUAAUAAAUAAUACUAAAUACACAUUACACUGAAAUGAUACUGUACAGUAUUUAUCCCUGCAUGCACACAUCACAUUAUCUUCAGUGUCACAAUUUUCACUUUAACAUUUGUACUUGCGCAUAGAUGUACAUCUCAAUGAAUUGGAAUAGUGUGGCAAACUGAAUUCAUUUCAGUACAGUGGUUCAAUACAGAAAGGAACCUUGUAUAUGCAUUCACUACACAGUGAAAUUUUGGAAGUUAGUAUAUUUUGUUAGUGACUAAAAUUCACCAUCUCAAGAAAAAGCAAUAUUACAUAAUCCCAAAAAAUUUUAUAUAUAUAUAUAGAGAGAGAGAGAGAGAAAUUGCGUAGGAAUUGGCCUUCUGUAAGCUCAGUGAAUCUAUGAGUUUUACCUUUUUAAUUGAACUACUGAAAUAAAAAUGAUGAAAAAGAUACAAAUGUAUUUACAUGCACCUGUUGCAACUGGUAUGAAUUCCGCUCAUGAACUGUGAUCGAUCACUUUAGGCAAAUGUGAAUGCCGGGAUCUCCAAAUGACCAUUCUGAUCAACUGAAUGGCGUUAAAUGAAAUUAAAUUGAGCGCCUACCACUCCCAGAUUCAAAGCAGCAGUACAAUAGCAUCCCAUUCCACACUAGAGAGUUUUUAGUGUCAGUGGUAACAACUUGAGUUUCACGUUCAGUCCACACAGGACAAUUGGCAUCAAGAAAGAUGUGGGAGUGUGAUGUAUCCAUCACAGUGUAAUUGACUCUCCACUUUUGUUUCAAGCCAGUGUCACAUGGCUGAAGGACACUAAGGUCCCAGUUUUUUGGUUGAAUGCCAAGGCCUUGUCCAUCUGGUAGAUGAAUGAUCCCUCACGCGCCUGCUUGAGCGACGUAGCAAGACUUUAGUGCCAUCGAGUGGUCGUCUUGAUUUACUGCUUGUGCUCCCCUCACGUGAUCAAGCUCUCCUAGCAAAUGAAAGAAGUCGUGAGGAAGUGAUCAUUACAUUUUUUAUGGAUCGGUUUCAUUGAUUUUAUUUUAACAAAAAAAGGGGGGAAAAAAAGUAGAAAUGUGUUUGUUUUUAAAACAUGAUGUGCCCACCUUUAUUGACUUGAGUCCGUUGAUGGUCAAGCUUAGUAUGACUGAAAAGGCUCCUGUAUUGCUAAAGUGUGCAGGCAGAAUAUUGCACCUCUAUAGAAGCUCUGUUUUUGGAUGUGUGAGUGAGGGGUGUGAAGCCAAAGCCGCCGUCCCUGGCAGAAGGGGAUAGUGAAGACAGCUUAGAACAAGAACAAUGGGGUCCUUUGACCAAGACGACGCCCCCAAGACAUGUGGCCUCCUGUCACCGUGGCAACCCCCCAUGGGACAUGGAGAGGGUCUGACAGCUGGAGAGAAGGACUUGCAAAAACUGAGUUGCUUUCUUUCUACUGCUUACCGUCCAUGUGCUCCCAGGCCCAUGUGAUUGUGGGUCAUGACUCUACUGUAGUUUCAUUGCUUUGACGCACUGCCGUAAACUAAACACAGUCGUUGAGACACACGCAACGGCUCAAAGGGCUCGAUAAAUCACCUCUUUAUAUGGGUUAUUAUUCCCAUCUCUAAUGAGAGGUGGCAAAAGUACUCACACUCUGUAUUCAAGAAGAUAGUCCAGAUACUUGUGUACAACGAAAAGUAGCAGUACUGAUAAAAUUUGAAUAAAAGUAGACUAAAGGAGCACAAAAGUUACAAAAAUAUAUAUUAUACACUAUACCCGUUUUGAUAACAUUGCACAAUGGAGAAAAAAAAUAGUUAGCCACUUUUAUUAACUUACAAUGCUCGUAUCAAGGAGAACAAAAAUUGUGUUACAUUUGUUUUUUGAAACCAAAAGCAUGGCACGUGACUUAUUAUCUCACAAGUGUGGGAACACACUUUGCUAAUGUGAACUGAGUAACAAAAAAAUGCUAAGUUGGCUAAUGAUGAUAGCUGGGGGAGAAAAAAUAUACCUAUUUAUAUUUUACGCCUAGACAGAAUUUUGGAAUGUCAGAAGCUUGUGGUUUUUAGGCUCGCACAACACAGCACAUUGGCCGGGAAUCAAUCCAAAAACAUUCUCUUAAAUAAGGGAAUGGAUGGUGAAUACCUUGCUUCUCUGAAUCUGCUGCCAUCAUAGUUAAUGCUCCAUGGUUGACGGUCCACCAUUACACUUCUGUCCAUGUUUUUCCCCAAAUCCCAAGAGCUCAGUCAAUCAUGAGCUCAACCGUUGUGGACUUCACCUACCUCUAUUUACCUCUUUUGUAUGUUGUUUCUUCAUCCACAGAGGUUGGAAAAAGUAAAAAAAAAAAAAAAAAAAAAAAACCUAUUAUGACGAACAAGGAGUAGAAAGCACUGAUAUUAAUUUUCAAUAUUUUUUAGUGAAGUGAGGCCACAUUCAAAUCUUGCUAUCGGGGUAAAAACUGCAUACCCCACCUUUAAAAGGAAAAGUCGUCAAAAACAAAUAAUCAAUUUAACUACAGGUGUCUGAAAAUUCGACUUAAGUCGGCCUCCUGUAAUGAAGUACUGUAUUUGUACUUUGCUACUUCCCACCACUGGCCCUAAUAAAAGCAAGAUUUCACACCCAUGGUACACUUUAUUUGACACCCCAUUUUAAAUAGGUUGCGUGCCGUCUGCUCAGACACAAAGACAUUUAAUCGGUUAUUCACACUUGCAGAUUUACAGACCCCGGUGUUUCAAUAAGUUAAUUAGUAUCUGAAUGGUAUCAAGUUGUCCCACUGCCUCAGUGCUUUCUGUGCGGUUAGUCCUCCAUUAUUGAUGCUUAGAGCAAGAUCCGUAAGCCCGGCACAGCUCUCCUGCAGGGCUGAGACAGCAGUAGGAGGGAAACAAACAAAGGCAAGAUGACAACAAGAGCGUCUAGAAGCUACUCUGUUUGCUUACUGGCCCAGUGUGUCUGCAGCUGUCUGAGGUCUACUGCAAACAGCUGCGUCUGUAUGCCUCAACAAGGUGUGUACUGUGUGCUUAGUGAGGGAAGUCACCCUAUACACAUCACUGUGAGUUGGUACAUCUGAGGGAUUGCAGCCACUGGGCUUCUUAAAGGCUGAUUUAUUGACCAGCAACUCAACUGUGUUAUGUAUACCUGCACAAUCAAAUCAGAUUUUUUUUAAAAAUGGAAAUAUACCGCAGUAUGAUGCGGUGCACUUGUACACCACUGCAAACUAUAACCACAAUAAUAAAAAUGGCUCUGAUUUGUUUAAAACAACCAUCAUAAAUCUUUAUUAAAUGAGGCAACUUUAAAGUAACAUUUUUACAUUGUUAAUUGUUACUGAAGUGUAAAAAUCCAUUCGUGUGUGUGUGUGGGCUCACGACUGUGAUUGGUCAAAUGCAAAUGACACCUUUAAAAUAUAUGCAUGAAAAUGACGAUGGAAAAACGGUAGUGUUAUAUUUUACAAUUUUCGAUAGCAUUUGUCCUCGAUAGGGUCACAGGUGAGCUGGACCCCAUCUCAGCCAACUUUGGGCAAGAGUUGGGGCAUACCCUAGACUGGUCACCAACCAAUCACACUCAUUUCGUUGUAUUUUACCAAUUACUGUAUGUCAACCUAUUGUGGCUGUACAAUACUGAGAAACCUCCAGUAUUUCACGUUAAGUGGGAGAUUAUGCUUGUUUUAAUGACCCUGAAUGAGGCAUUGUCAUUUGCGUUAAGGGAAAUUGUAUAUAUACAUAGAGAAAAAACAAUGUAUUUCAAUGCAAACUGAAUGAGGUUGGAAUUUUGCACAGCAUGGAGGAACCAUUAGCAUUACUGUAUAAAUCCUUAAAAUGUCUUGGCAUGGCAGAGCAAGACACUCUUGAUUUACAGUAUAUGGGAAGUGUGCUCUACUUGUGUGUCAGCUCGCUCACUCAUUAUAUAUACAGUACAUGGGAAUUUAUUAUUGUGUUCGUGGAACAGUAAUGUACUCGUAUAAUCUUUGGUAAAACAACCAGAUUUAUUGCAAAUUCAGUGGAUCCGUCAUCAUGAACUUCUUGUAUAGGGGGCAUACCACAUCUGAAUGUGAUUUCGAAAAUCCUGCACACUCCAGUGUGUUGAGACCCUAGUUGUGGUCAUAAGUGUACAUACACUCAUCAUGGGCAUGAUUCUUAUAUUCAUUUUGUGAUUUUAAUGAUUUAGUUGAACUGCCGCCUUUUUUAGGGUUAAAAACAAGAAUUGGGUGCACGUUUGGAUUCACUUGAGAUUUUCUCUAAUCCACAAAGGAUUAAAAUUACAGACAUACUCAACUUCAUACUGUACACAUACUGCCUUAAUCUGAGAAGUGGUGCUUAAGGUUCUAGAAUGGCAAGGCAAAACCUUAUUAACAGGGGCGGAGCCAGAGAAUAAUCAGUGGUUGGCCGGGGUGAGACCAGUGGUAAUUUUGGGCUGGCACAUAACGCCUAACGUGUAUAAAAUAAGGGAAUAAUGAAGGCACCUAUACACGAUGCUAUACUUAGACACAUGCACACAUAGCCACUAGGUGAUGCUAAAGCACCUGCCCUUUUGCCCUGAACCAUAUUUUUUCUUCAAUAUUUAAAAGAAAAACUAACCUAUUUGUCAUUAAUUUUACAGUAUUUUGAAAUCUAAUGACCAAUAGUUUGAGUCCUUGGGAGAAUUGUACUUUUGCGCCUGCCUUGCCCCCAUUUGAACAGGGGUGUGUUGACUUUUUAUAUCCACUGAAACCUCCCUUCACCACCUUUUUAAUAGUUGUAUGAUUGACUAUUAAUUUUGUUAACAGAAAUAAAUACAUUAAAACAUUUUCUGAAUUGAAUGAA